CAUGUGGUCAGAAACCAGCCAAUGAGGUGGCCUCCAGGGCCUGGUCCCCACAGGUACAGCAGGCUGUGCCCAGUCCACCUGGAUGCCAGUCAGAGGCUGAGGGAGGAGGCCAGGCUGAGGCUACCCUGGACCUUUGAGGCUUUUGUGGUAGCAGUGCUGCCAGGAAGAGGUGCAGGGACGCCUAGCUCUCUGGUGGACUUUGAGACUUCCAUGGCUCCUUAUCGCAUCCGCAAAUACCAGGAGCGUGACCGCCAGCGGGUCUUGGGCUUGUUCUCCCAGGGCAUGUUGGAGCAUGCCCCCAUCACCUUCCGCCAUGUCCUGAAGCUGCCACAGACAUUUGUGCUCUUGCUUGGGGGGCCCCUUGCCCUGUUCCUGGCCUCUGGCUCCUGGCUCCUGGCCUUCUUGGCUGGCCUCACCCUCCUUGCUGCCCUGAGGUUCCUUGCCAAAUGCCCCUGGAGCCAGUAUGUGGACCACAGUUUGCGCACAGACAUGUGUGACAUCACCAAAUCCUACUGCAGUGAGCCUGGCUCCUGCUUCUGGGUGGCUGAGUGUGAGGGGCAGGUGGUGGGCACGGUGGGAGCUCUGCCUGUUGAGGACCCCACCCUGCGAAAUGAGCAGUUGGAGCUGUUUCGCUUAAGCGUGGCCUCGGAGCACCGGGGCCAGGGGAUAGCGAAAGCCCUGGUCAGGACUGUCCUCCAGUUUGCACGCGACCAGGGCUACCGUGAAGUCGUCCUCAGCACCACCAUGCUGCAGCACUCUGCCCUGGCCCUCUACCAGCGCAUGGGCUUCCAGAAGACCCGCCAGUACUUUGCCGCCAAGACUGGCAGGCUAGUCUGUAUCCGUGUAUUUCAAUUAACCUACCGGCUCCCCUCUGCUUAGGUCUCUCAGGCACCAAGCAGAGACGGGGCCCAUGAUCCAUUUCCUUGUGGAUUAGUCAGGACAGGACGGGCUCUGCAGCAGUAACAAGCUAACCCUGAACUCUCAUUGUGACAGCACAGUAAAAGCUGCUGUUUGUUAACAUCGAAUCCCCACGGGGAUGGUGGUGGUUCUGCUUCACUCUGUCUUUUUCAGUUGCCAUGUUGCAUUUAUCUAGUGACACAAUUUUGCAUAAAAUCAAUCACAAUAGAAUAAUGAACAUUUACUUAGCUCAAGUCUGUGGGUCAGCUAUGUGGAUUAAGCUUGGCUGGGCAGCUCUUUUGGUCUCAACCUUGUUCUCACGUCGUGGGUUGGCUGGUUCACAGGUCGUGGGGUGGCUGGUUCACAGGUCGUGGGGUUGGCUGAAGUGACACGAUGACUGGGCUUACUCAUAUUCCACAGGCUCGCUCAGGCAUGGUUUCAAGGUAGUUGCAGGUGAGCCAAAGUAAAGUAGAAACAAGCAAAUGCUUUUUGAAGCCUCUGCAGGUCUCACAUCCGCAAGAUCCCAGACUCAGCAGGUAGAAAGGGACCCGCCUCUUCAGUGAGGAGCUGCAGUCUCCUGGCAAAGGGACUUGGGAGAAGUGUGGGAUGAGUCCAGGUGAGAAGGGUUGCGGCCAGGGAGGCCAUCAAUCUGCUCUGGCCCCAGUUGCUCUGCUGAAGGAGAAGAAGGCAGCCAGCAAGUGACAGAGUGUGGGAUGUUGACUCCUAGGCUGGACCUAGAAGUCCUGUGACCAACAUCCCAUGGGCUGGGACCCACUCACAGGGCCCCAAUAUGUCUGAAGGGAGGCUGGGAAAUCUGUCCUGGAAGAGAAAUGGGAUUGGCUAGUUCCCCAGAUCUGCCACACCUGGGACCCGCCUCUGUCCCCAAAUGCCCAGAGACUCAAGAUUUUCACGGGUACCUCAGGCUUAACUGCUUCAUCCUGUGAGACUCUGAUCGCGGUGAGGAGGAGCUGGGACCCAAGGCUGUGUGUGCCUCUCCACGCACCCUUCCAGGCGGCUCAUCGCAGCACGGCACCCACACGUCUCGAGCCUCUCACAAGGCCCCCCAACCUAGAGGAGGCUACCUUUCAGAAACUGGCGAGUCCCUGAUCACCCAGGAAAUCCAGGUACCCUUUCAGGUGUAUCCUGUGACGCACAGGCCUGCUACCCUGCAGUGUGCCCUGGGCACAGCCUAUCUCCUCUGAGGGGUUAGCCAGGCCACACACCUGGCACGAUCCUGCCACCUGGUGUUGCAACAGGCACAUUACAUCUAAAUGGGGACCUGCAACCAAGUAUGUAGGGUGGCUGUAACAUUCAUGUUCUUAUUGCCCAAAACCAUGGGACUCAACAAUGAAAUGGCUUUACUGAUUCCAGACAGACACCGUCCAGCCCUCCAGGGGCUUCCAGGCCAGAGGCAGCUGAGAGGUCAGGUGAGGGCAGAUUCAGUGUCGAAAGUGGGGGGAUGAGGCAAUUACUGGCAACGUGGUUGGACAUCAAAGGGCCCCUGCCCCCUCAUUGGUGAGGGCUUCCCAGAGGCCAGGGCUUCUGCUCCUGAAAAUCAAAACCAGGAAUGAAUGUGCCGGUCACCAGCCCCGUCCCUGCACUCGCUGCCCAGCCACACCGAGACGUCCUAGCUCUCAGUGAGCACAGGCUCCCGCCCUGGCCGGGCUGCUCAGGUGGUUGGAAGGUCAUCCCCUG